CAAGAUCAGUUUCUUACCGUCGGUACUCAGAAAUAUAUCUCGAAGAUGUUGAAGCUUAUACCAUUAGCCAUUUUAUUGGCAGUAUUUGCCGCUGAAGUGACAUCGCAAAAGUUCAUUCUACCCACAUACCGACCUCCACCUCGAAAGCCGAUUAUCAUUCGCACCGUCCGAGACACUGAUGGCGCAAGAGAUCAACCACAAUGGUUGUACCAAGGUGACAUUCCUCGUGCACCAACAACUGGUGAUCAUCCAUACUUACCACCUUAUAUUGACGAUGUGCAAAUAGACGCGAAUAGAAGAUAUGCACGCAGUCUGGACUCUCCCAGCAGUAAGCGCCAUGGAGGAAGCAGCAAUUCCCGUACAAGAGGUGAUAAUGGUGCAACACAUCCUGGCUACAAUCGCCGUAAUGCAAGAGAAGUCUUCGAAACCAAUAGCAACAUGUACAAGGCAGUUUCUAUUUUUUUCUUCAUACUUGUCGUGCUAUUUGCAUGGACCUCGGGCCAUGCUUUGAACCGAGAAGAACGUGAUAUUCAACUUCCUAAGUUAACCAGACCUAAAAUAAUUAUACCCAAUUGGAAUCCGAACGCAAAAGUUGAACCAUGGAAAGUGAUUGGAGGCCACAAUCGCCAUCGUCGGUACGCUGAAAAUAUUGAAAACGCUGCAAUGGAGUAUCCAGCGAAUGAGUGAAAUUAUUUAAGCAUAUCGUUAUUUUCGUGAAAAUACAGAAUGGAUUUGGUCUUUACGUAAUAUGGAAAUGAAUAACUAAAUUUGAAUGAUUUAUUAUAUAAAUAUUUAUGUCUUUGGAUAUGUAAUAUAGUGAUUGAAGUUUGUGUAUUUAAAAAAAUUUAAAAUAUUAAAAAUAAAUUAAA